UCCAUAGUCCGUGCCCUUUCUUUCUUUCACGAAAAAUCUAGGGCUUCUCUCUCUAGCUAGAUCGCGACUGAAAAACUUCAUCUAUCAGUUUUACCAUUGACUUCAAUUCGUUCUCGUUCUCUAUCCUAGGGCAUUGGGUUCUUGUUGUUUUCAAAUAAUCUUCUUUCCUUUUCGAUUUUGUACAUCUAUGGACGGAGGAAAGAAUGAGCAUAUAGCGGCUUCAAGACAAGAUGAAGUUGAGUACGAGACUGAUUCGGAAGAGGAACCCAACAUGUCUCUUGCUAUGAGAAGGAAAGAAGCGAGCGAUGACGAGGAAGGAGGUGAAAUGACUGGAAAGUCUCCUACGAGAAUUGGUUCCCGGGUUGGGAUUGGGGAACCGGACGAUGAAGGGGCUGUGGAGGAAUAUGAUUACGGAGAAUCGGAUGAGGAGGAGUAUGAGAAGGAGGAGGAAGAAGGGGGUUAUGUUGAGAGAGGAAGAAGUAAUGACCAGUGGGAAGUAGUCCGAGAUGUGGUAGAUGUAAGGGAAGAAAGAGUUGUAGAUAAGGAAGUCGAUGGGGAUGGUGUGAGUUCUGUUCUAGAGGCUCAAGAAAUUGAGGGAGGGAAUCAAUUGGGUGUGGAGGAGGAGGAGGGGGAGGAGAAGAAGGAGACUGAACCUUUUGCUAUUCCAACUACUGGUGCAUUUUACAUGCACGAUGACAGGUUUCGGGAUAACGUUGCUGGUAGAAACAGGAAGACACUUGGAGGAAAGCAAUUGUGGGAGUCAAAAGAUGCUGGAAAAUGGGGACAUGACAAAUUUGAAGAAAUAACUCUGCAUGAAAGGCAUUAUGAUAAUUCCAAGGAGAGGAGGAAUGGUGGGGGACAUUAUGGGGCUCACAAAAAAUAUCAAGCUGCGAAUAGUCAGUAUCCUAGAGGAAACAAGUCUAUGUCUUACAAUAAUACUCAAACCCAUGUACCAAAAAUUGUGAGAGGUAGAGGUCCAAGAAGAUAUGGGAAUUCUAUCAAGAGGCAUAAUGAGGCACCUCCGCAAUACGUGGAGAAAUCAUAUGAGAGAGUUUCAAAUGCUUCUUCUGGGAGGCUACCAAAUGUAGAAUCUGAUUCAGAUCCUCAUAGGAAACAAAACUUUGCGUCAAGCCUGAAUUCGGCAUCUCCUCCAUUUUAUCCUUCUGCUUCUUCAAAGAAAGAGAUCCCCUUGGCACAAAAAAGAGACAUGCAUGCUGGAUCUUCAAACCGUGGGAAGUCUGUUUCCAAUUCUGUUGGCAUAGAAAAGCCUUACAUCCAUGAGUCAGUUUCUGGGAAACUAUCAACUGCUUCGCCAUCAGUAUAUGGAUCUUCAUCGAACAAGAAUGCUAAUGAUUUGAAGCCCCAAGGAAGGGGAGUAGCAUCACAAAGACAGAUGAAUUUUCCUCAAAGAAUAUCUCAAAAUCAAAUGUAUAGACCCACACAAGACCGCGGUGUCCCGCAAAGUCGAGUCCAAACUUCUUUGGAAGUUUCUGCACGUGAUUUGGGCCGAAGUCUUAGUGGAGGGUCACAAAACUCAUCUCCAACAGAGGCAUCUUUGCCUGUGGAUUCUUUUGAACAUGCAGAACAAGAUCUUCCUCUAGAGUCUGUCAAAUCCAAUGCUUCUCUGGUUGGAAAAGGAAGAGGGGGUAUCCAGGCUAGUGGAAAAGGUUUUAUCUAUGGUGGUGCUCAUGUUAUUGGUACAUCUGGGAAUAUGGCAGGUCAUGGUGAUAAGAACUUUGCAGCUACUCCAGCCUUCUUACCAGUUAUGCCAUUUGGUGGACAACAUUCUGGUAGUAUGGGAGUUCCUGCUGUAGGCAUGGCCUUCCCAGGUUAUGUUGCUCAACAACAGCGUGGAUUGGGAGCCUCUGAGAUGACAUGGCUACCGGUUCUAGCUGGUGCUGGUGGAUCUAUGGGGGGACCAUACUGUUCUCCUUAUAUUGCUGUUGAUGGUGCUUAUCAUGUUCGUCAAUCUGGACCGGCAUCAUCCUCACCAACUUCCAGCAUUGAAGAAAAUGUAGAUAACUCAAACGCUGAAAGGAAGGUUUCACAAACACAAGAGAUCACAGGUGAUGAAAUUGGUCAACGACAAAAGAAUAGUCGCAGAUAUACUGAGAUGAGUAUGAGUUUCGGUCAGUGAGACACUUGGGGGGCCAUUCUGUGUGUGAAAUGUUUGAAUAAUGAGAGGUUCCACAGUGUAUAGUGGAACUUCCCAUAAUAUAUUUGGGUAUUAGAAAAAAAAAAUCUGUGAUUCGGUUUGUCGAUGAUGGAACUCUUGUCGAGGCCUAGUGUUCCGACUAUAUAUCUUAGGGUAAUUAGGUAUGUAACAUAGCCUGUUUCUGCUGCAUUUGGGACGGGUGACAGUUAUUUGUAAGAAAACGAGAGCUUUGUGAGAAUGCGGAUUAACAAAAUAAGUUGAAAAGGUUGGAUGGUUGGUUUCGGUUGGUCGAUUGGUAAUAUGUAAGUGUAUCUUAUCUUGAAGUAGAACAAUUAAAAACUAGUAGUGUUUAUGGUAUUUUUUAGUGUGUUUUGGUUGUUGGGAUGCUAUAUGUAAUAUGUUUGGACUUCAUUUCAUUUAAUGAACUAUUUUAUUUGUCUA